UCUGGGAUAGCAGCAUUUUAGCGUUUUGCCUAAUAUUGUUUUGGGCUGUUUUUAACCCACGCGAAUUUAUAGCAUCGACAUUCAGAUAUCGACAUGAAGGAAGGAUUUACUGGCGUCUUCUUUCCAAAUGGAAUGCUUUGGAUUGCAUUUUUCUUUCUAAGAUUUUUCUGCAUUUAUGGCGACCUGACGUAUUCAAUACCAGAGGAGAUGAAACCAGGGGCUGUGGUUGGGAAUAUAGCGAAGGAUCUCGGACUCGACGUCCGGGGAUUAUUACUGCGCAGUGCUCGAAUAGAUUUGAAGGGCAGUCGAAAACGGUAUUGUGAGUUAAAUGUCCAGACAGGUGAACUAAAGAUUGCUGAAAAAAUUGACAGGGAAGUAAUGUGUGGAUCAAAAGCAACGUGUUCAUUAAAAUAUGAUUUAGUCAUGGAAAAUCCCCUGGAGCUACAUAAAAUCUUACUGCAAAUUCAGGAUAUAAACGACAACUCACCCCAGUUUCCAAACAACGAAAUGAAGCUGUCGAUUCCAGAAUCAGCAGACAAGGGCGCACGCUUUUCUUUGGAUAUGGCGAAGGACUCUGAUGUGGGUAGAAACAGCAUUCAAAGCUAUACACUGGAGAAGAACGACCAUUUCAGCUUAUCUGUUCAAUCAAAUGCCGAUGGAGUGAAAUACAGCGAGCUGGUUUUAGACAAAGAGCUUGAUCGUGAAGAGCAGCAGCAGUUUACGCUAUUGCUUACUGCUGUUGAUGGAGGCGCUCCUCAGAGAUCCGGUGGUGCGACGAUACACGUCACUGUCUUGGACGCUAACGAUAACCGUCCAGUAUUCAGUGAGCCAGUUUAUAAAGUCAGUCUACCUGAAAACUCUCCUGUAGGUACUCUGGUUGUAACUGUAAGUGCUACAGAUGCAGAUGAAGGAGCUAAUGGAGAGGUCACUUAUGUAUUCAGUCUGAUAUCAGAUAAAGCAGUCAGCCUCUUUACAAUGGAUAAAGUUAGUGGCGAGAUCAAAGUAGCUGGACCAAUAGACUAUGAGGAUGAGAUUGAUUAUGAAAUUACAGUUCAGGCAAAGGAUGGCUUUGGUUUAGCCUCAAGUGCAAAAGUCAUUAUUGAUGUCACUGAUGUGAAUGACAAUGCACCUGUAAUUUAUGUUAAAUCACUGAAAAAUCCAGUUCCUGAAAAUGCUGCACCUGGUACAGAGGUGGGCAUUAUUAAUGUGCAGGAUGAAGACUCAGAGGGGAACCGCCAGUUGCGUUGCACUAUUCAGCAAAAUGUGCCCUUUAAGUUAAAUCCAUCUAUUGAAAACUAUUAUUCACUUGUCACAACAAGCAAAUUAGACCGUGAACAGAUAACAGACUAUAAUAUAACUCUUAUAGCCACGGAUGAAGGAAGUCCACCAUUGUCAUCCUCUAAAGUUAUCCAUCUCUCUGUGUCAGAUGUGAAUGACAACCCACCCAUAUUUGAGGAACAGUCCUACAGUGCAUAUGUGACUGAGAACAACAAGCCUGGCUCCUCUGUCUGUUCUGUUACUGCGAGAGACCCAGACUGGAGACAGAAUGGCACAGUGUUCUACUCUCUGUUGCCCAGUGAGGUCAAUGGUGUUCCGGUCUCCUCAUAUGUAUCCAUUAAUGGAGACACAGGGGUGAUCCAUGCUGUGAGGGCCUUUGACUACGAGCAGUUCAGAAGCUUCAAAGUUCAGGUUGUAGCCAGAGACAAUGGUUCUCCUCCACUCAGCAGCAACGUGACUGUGAGUGUGUUCAUAACAGAUGAGAAUGAUAACGCUCCUCAGAUAUUGUACCCUACUCCAGAAGGAAACUCCUUCAUGACUGAGAUGGUUCCUAAAGCUGCUCUUUCUGGCUCGCUGGUCUCCAAAGUGAUCGCUGUUGAUGCUGACUCUGGACAGAACGCGUGGCUGUCGUAUCAGAUCGUGAAGUCGACUGAUCCGGGACUUUUCACUAUUGGUCUCCACAGUGGAGAGAUCAGGGCUCAGAGGGACAUUUCUGAAUCUGACAGCAUGAAGCAGAACCUUGUGAUCUCAGUGAAAGAUAACGGACAGCCCUCUCUCUCUACAACCUGUGCCGUAUAUUUACUCAUCUCUGAUAAUUUGGCUGAAGUUCCUGAACUGAAAGACAUGUCUUAUGAGGAGAGCAAUUCCAAACUCACAUCUUAUCUGAUCAUUGCUCUGGUGUCUGUUUCCACAUUCUUCCUCACUUUUAUUAUCCUGAUCAUUGCUGUGAGGUUGUGUCACAGGAGAAAGCCCAGACUGUUGUUUGAUGGAGCAGUAGCCAUUCCCAGUGCAUAUUUACCUCCCAACUAUGCAGAUGUUGAUGGAACUGCAACUCUCCGUAGUGCUUACAACUAUGACGCCUAUAUGACCACAGGGUCACGUACCAGUGACUUCAAGUUUGUCAGCUCUUACAAUGACAGCACCCUCUCUGCCGGAAAUACUUUACAGAAGACUCAACAUGACAAUAGUGCCUGCCUUGACUUCACAGAUACUGGAUCUAAGUUCUCUACUCUGGUAAACAAUCUUUCAGUAGUUUGA